AUGUUUGCAGCGGCCACCAAGAACUUUGUCAAGCAGGUGGGAGACACUGGGAGGUUGAUCCCCGUCCCGAGUCUGAGCGAGGCCGACCGCUACCAACCUCUCAGCCUUGUCACCAGGAAGAGAAAGAGGCGUUUCUGGAAGAAGAAGAACAAGUACGCCUCCACUGCAUUCUCCCUCAAAGAUAUCCUGGUAGGGGAGAAGGAGAUCACAGCAGGCGUAUCCUCUUAUCAGCUGCUCAACUAUGAGGACAAAUCAGAUGUGGCCCUCAACAGUCGCCUUGGAAACCAUCUCAUCAACGACGUGGGCUUCAACGUCAGCGGUUCCGACUCGGUGGCUGUCAAAGCUUCCUUCGGCAUUGUGACCAAACACGAGGUGGAAGUGCCCACGUUGCUGCGGGAACUCAACUCCAGGAAAGUGGACGUGGAACACUGCCUGGUCCGCCAGUCCAGGGAGAGUGGAUUGAGCGUCCUGUGUGUCGUCAUGGAGAGCAUCCGCACCACUCGUCAGUGCGCUCUAACAGUGCAUGCCGGAAUGAGGGGGGCCACCAUGAGGUUUCAGAUUGAGGAUGGCAGGAACCCAAAAGGUCGAGACAAGGCCAUUGUCAUCCCUGCGCACACCACCAUCGCUUUCAGCAUCUGUGAGCUGUUUGUUCGACAGGACGGGCGGCUCGAUAUUUGUGUUGCACCGGGGUCUCAAGGUGGAUUUGAACAAGAUAGUGACUGCUUUACUGGUUUACUAUAUUUUGACCCUACGCUUUCCGUGCAUGCAGAUGAUAGAACAUUGGAAGAGCUCACUCACUCUGAUAUCUUCAUGGACGACACGAUGACCGAGUACUACGAGAAAGCCGCCAGCAUGACUGACAUCUCCACUGCCUACCUGAGGGAAAGCUCCCACACACGGGUCAACCUCCUCAAACAUAACAUCCCCAAGGGGCCAUGUGCACUGUGCGGCAUGGGCAACCAAAGAAGAGAAACCGUUUACGGUUGUGUGGAAUGCUCAUUUGGUGGUCAAAAAUAUGUUCGGCUGCAUGUGGUACCCUGCUUUGACCUCUGGCACAAAACUCUUAAGUGA